AGUCCAAGCGUGUGCGAGUCGCUGAUGCUGUGAGUCGCCUCGUUGGAUUAAGGGAGGGAUUUCAUUUCGUGUUAAUCUGCGGGGCAGGAGGCAGCCCGGAGAACCGAGGCUUCUGUUCGUGUGAAGGACUCCUACGCGCCUCCAUCGUCUCCGACUCGCGCGGGAGUGACUUCACCCCAGAAUGAACCUGUUCUGCUUCUCCCUGGAGGGGUCCAUGGACAGCCUGUACGAGGCGGUCCAGGACGGGGACGAGGGGCGGGUGUACACCGUGCCCAGCCGGUCCUGCAGCCGGCCCUGCAGCCCCGCCGUCGCGCUGGACGAGAACGCCAAGUGGCGCGGCUCCGAGCGCUCCAUCUCCGCGGACCUGUCACAAAUCCACGCUACCAAUUCAAAAAAGAAAAAAAGAAAACCUCUUGUACCAAAAUCCAUGUCGGACAAUGAAGUACUAGAUAACACCGACUGUGCCAACGCCUACUGGCAAACAGCCAAAAAGAGAGAGGACGUGGUCCACAUCAAGAACAGUCAGAAUGAAGAGCUGGGGUUAGAGCUGUUACGGGCCAGUUUCCAGACAGGGGAGGACGGACUGCGCCAACUCAACCCACACAGGAGGGUGGCAGAACAGACCAUUCAGCAGGUAAUGAGCUAUGGAGCCUGGAGCCCCAGCUGGGAGCCACAGAACAGCUGGCAGCAGGACCCGACCCCAGAAGGGGACAGGGAGAGACCGGAACCCAGGGGAACACUGCGGAGGGCGCAGAAGUCAGGGCGCUCAAAGAAGGCCGGCCCGGGCCAGCGCGACAAGGCCAGCAGCCCCUUUCAGACAACCGGUCACCCCCCGGACCCCAUUUUUGGUGAUGAUGCUGCUGCCGCCUCCUGCAUGGGUCUGCCGAAAAAGGCGGAGAAGAGGCCGAACACCCCCCAGCAGGCCCAGGAGAGCUCCGCCCUCUCCUGCGCCCCUGGCCACACCCCCAGCCCCAGCCCCGCCCCCGGGGUGGCGGAACGAGCCUGGAGCGGGCCCGGGGCGCCCCCCCAAAACCGCCAGCGCUGGAGCACGUCCGGCGAGUGCCCCUCGCCCUGGGGCGGCGGCGGCGGCGGCGCCGCCUCCUACCACACCUGCCGCCGGCCGCUGAGCGAGUACCGCACCUACGCCUGCGACUACACCCUGCCCCGCGCCCCGGACUGGGACCGGCCCGACAGCGCCCCCUACGGGAGCUCCCGCCACCGCAGCCAACCGCCGGCCCAGCGCGUCGCCCGCUCCGCCACCGACGCGGACCUGGGCGACCUCAACGACGUGAGUGAGCCCCGAGGGAUCCUGGGUAAAAUGUUCUACGGGUGCAAGUCGAACCCGAGUCAGAUAACUGCAUUUGAAGGAGCGGGGAUGUCGGACGCUGGUCCCGGAGGGAACGCGGCGUCUGCUGGUUUUCGACUGCUUAAGAGAAAUAAGACGAUGCUUCAGAGGAAGGGAUCGAACGUCUCGGAUAAAGCCAAGAGCAGCAAGCCAAAGCGCUCCACCAGUUUUGGCCGAUUCGAUGCCUUGAGACAGCACCCAGUCAAGACAGAGGAGAACAGCGGCCAUCUGCCUUCAGAUGGGGAGACCGGAGCAGAGGGCACCGACCCGCAGAAAGCAGGGGGCCUGGGGAAAAAGAUGCGGGCCAUCUCCAUGACCAUGCGCAGGAAGAUGGGCAAGAGGCACGCCAAAGCCUCCUUCUCCGAGGAGCCGGUCCAGGGCGAGGACGACGCUGACAGAGACCACGAGGGAGAAGCGGAAAGGUCGCAGCCUUCGGAGAAAGAGCCGGCAAAGACCAGCAACUCCCAAGAGAGUCUCUACAGCAGCCAGAGCUCCUCCAGUGGGAUCACCAGUGGCUCGGACGGCUCCGGCGCCCGAGACAGCCUCAGGCUGGAGGAGGACGUCCCGUACACGGGCCAGUUCUGCGGCCGCGCCCGCGUCCACACCGACUUCGUCCCGAGCCCGUACGACAGCGACUCCCUCAAACUGAAGGUAGGCGAUAUCAUCGACGUCAUCAGAAAGCCCCCCAUGGGGAUAUGGACGGGGAUGCUCAACAACAAGGUGGGGAAUUUCAAAUUCAUCUACGUCGACGUCAUCAUCGAGGAAGAGGCGGAAGCGCCGAAGAUAAGACCCCACAGACGGAGCAAACGGCCACGCCCCAAAACAUUACAGGAGCUUCUGGAGCGCCUCGAUCUGCAGGAGUACGCCUCGUCGCUGCUCUUAAACGGCUACCAGACGGUGGAUGACCUGAGGCACCUGAAGGAGAAGGACCUGAUCGAGCUGAACGUCUGGGACCCGGAACACCGACACCGGCUGCUGGCUGCAGCGGAAUGCCUGCAGGACACCGAGAACGAGAACGACAACGAGGAGCAGGCCGUUCCACAGUCCGGCUCGGAGAGCCCGAAGACGGAACAGAACGACUGUCCCAGAGACUCUGGCUGCUACGUGACGCCGGAGAGCUCCGACAACAGCAAAGAAGAAGAAACAGAGAGUCAGACGGCGUCGCCUGUCACUUAAGCCAUUCAGUACUUUACUCAAAAACAGACGCGUUUUUAAAAUGUCCAUUUGUACAUACCUUAUGAAUAUCUGAAAUGUGGACUAUUUAAGGACUGCCUAUUUGACAGGCUUCAUCAAUUUCUGGCCUUUGGUCAUGCUUUGGUUUAAUAAUUUUGGUUUGAACUUUAAUUCAAUGUUAUUUUUGAGCCUUUUUUUUUUUUUUUUUUGCUUGUUCCUGGUAUAAUAUUUUAGCAGUGUUGAUUCCUUGAUUAGGUAUCUAUCCAAGCAGAGUCCUGGUCAGACUAUGUGUUCGGGCUGUGUGUUUCAGCUUGACCGUAGCACAAAGUCAAGAAGAAUGCAUUGGUGAGAUCCAACCAGGAGCCAUCAUGCAUACCCAGAACCCUUAGUCAUGUUGCAUAAUUUGAAGGACUGUCUUUGUUAUGAUGAUAUACCAGGCUGAAUGGUAUCAGAUGGGAGCAGCGUGCUAUACCAAUUCUGUUAUUAUUACUACAUGUGCAUUUAUAUGUUUUCAUUGUAGCUUUUUUUGGGGACCGUGAGAUUUUUAAAAAUGACAUACACAUGUAGAACUGAAAUCUAAUGAUACAUAGAAAAAUACCUAGGAUUAUCAAUAUUUAUGUUAUUUUUUUGUUGACUUGCCUUUAGUUUGGUUAUCAACAAUUUGUCGGUAACUGUAAGCUAGCUACAUACAAAUCACCUCACUAAACUGCAUUUUUAACCAAAUGCGGUUCGAGGAUGGUGCAAAGUAGCCUAUGUGUGUGGUUUCCCAGACGUCUGUGAGAUUUCAAUUAACCAUGUAUAUAUAGUUGGAACUCUAAGACUGAAAUCUAAUAGACAGUGGAAAAGCAACGGCAUUAUUUCCGUUGGAUCUGGUUUGCCUUCCUUGUACUCGUAUGUAGACAAUGCAGUGUCCUCAUGUCAUCAUGUGUUAUUUUUCAAAAUGGAAUAUUUUUCCAAAUAAAAUUGUCACUGUGCA